UUCCCUAACGUCGCGGGGGUGUUGUCAGGCGCGCGUUGCGCCUGCGCUGGAUGCGCCUUUCUGAACUGGGAGCGCUGCAGCGCCGGGAAGUUCUCCGAGGCUGCCGGAGGGAAGGAGGUGCGGCGCGUCAAGGAGGGAGGCUGCGGCGCGCUCCUGCCGCGGAGAGUGAGAUUUGACCUCCUACAGCCCUUUCUGUGUCAUAGGCAUCUUUGACCUGCCAUGCGGUUUUUACAAAAAGAAGCUGACCUCUCCAGACAGCAAUGCUAAACAUGGAUGGUGUGUUUAUCUCAGAGACUAAAGCCAAUUCUGUCCUGAAAAGAUAUCCGCGGGCUAAUGGGUUUUUGGAGGAAUUAAAGCAAGGAAACAUUGAACGCGAAUGCUUUGAAGAAAUUUGUAACCGAGAAGAGGCAAGAGAAGCUUUUGAAAAUGAUGAGAAGACGAUGGAGUUCUGGAAGGACUACACGAAGAGGCUCAAUGGGGAAAUCAAUGGAGGACAUAACUGGUAUCCAUUUUACCUUGUGAUUCCAUUAAUCAUUGGCUUUUUCGUUAUUCUUAUCAUAUUUAUCACAUGGAGGUGCCUGUUCAGAAAGAAAAUGCAUAGACGUUCCAUGUAUGCCCAUAGCAGAACCAGAGAAGUCGCAGGUGACAGAACUGUUGCAGAUGGAAGCAGUCCACUUCCUCAGCCACUCAGCAUUCUUCAUUCCCCCCAGGAAGAAAUGUUUGAAGGCAAUGGACACUCUCCAGGAUAUCUGAGCUACACAGACGGACGUUCAGACUCAAUAUCAAUCAGGCUGUCAAAUUACGACCCACCGCCAUCGUAUGAGGAAGUGGCUGGUGCAAAUGGCCCGAGGAGAAAGGAGGCGGCCAAUCACUCGGAUCCACCGCCUCAAUAUGAAGACAUUGUGAAUAGCAUUUCAGUAACUCCUGUUACCACUAAAUGAAGCAGCGAGAAUUCUGGGCCCGUUCUUUUAAAGGGGAUGAGGAGGGAAGCCUAAUACUUUUUUAGCACUUUAUUGCAGCUUAAUUAUACAUUUUAAAGAUUGGUAAUGCUAACACCACUUCCUCUUCCCUGUCCCAGAUUACUUUUGUUCCACAUAUUCCCCCAGCCCUGGAAACAAUGCACUCUUUGAUACGGUUGUGCAUACUUCCAGAGGUGCAAUUUCUGUCUUUCUAUAUUGCUGGAAGUGAUCUUGCAGCAGACCUAAAGGGCUCCCUAACCACAAAGGUACACACACACACACACACACACACACACGAAUCUAAAACCAAAAAAGGCCAAUAAUUUUUGUCCUUUUGCUUGUUGUGCUUUAUAAGCCACACCCAACAGAAACCAGUUAAGCCAGCUGGCAUAAAUGGUGAUAGCUGCCUCUGCCAAAGAGAGCACAUUGCCCUAAGUUAGGUUGAAACAUUUUGACAAAUAACACUUAGUACACUUGUGAGAAAUGUGGUAAACUACUGAUUAAUUGUAGGUUCCAGAAAAAAUAAAAUAAAAUAAGAGGCCUCUGCUCCCGAGGUGGAGUAUAGUACUACAUAUAUUUUUCUGAUUAUGCAAACUAGAAACACAUACUGAUAGUAAUUAAUUUUGCCUCCUGUCUUCAGUGCAGCUAUAAGAACCUAUCUGCCAGAGUAAAGGUUAAGAGACAAUAGAUUACAGGGGAAGGGAGCUUUUUCUGUGAUUGACAUAAGAUGUGAUAAGCCCUGUAGCUCUCUCUUUCCUACUUUCUGUGGGAAGUGUGUUGACUUGAGAGCCCAGUGUACUAAUUAUCCCAUGACCAGUGGGAGUAUACCUUAUCAGUAUUUGGUUGCAGUUCAAUGAAUUGCUCCAUGUUUGUAUUCAUUUCAUAUUUUACACACUAUGAAAUGGCCUAUUGAUUUUUUAGUUACAAUACUCAAUUCUGACCCGUCUGUGCUUUUUCACUUCAAAGAGAUGCUGUCAAGAUCUGACUGGUCUCUUGUUUAUGCAUGCUGGCUUUUAAAAGCAGAUAAGAGGUGAUGCUUAAAUCACCAGAAAUCUAUAAACCAGAAACUUUAUUCCAAAAGCAGUGCUGAGAAAGUGCUGCUUCUCUUCGCUCACCCCUUUACCAGGGUUUUUUCCCUUUUUAAUAACAGCUCUUAUUUGUCAUGGGGGGGGUAGGAAAAUGAGUGAGAAAUGUGAAGGUGGGGACCCUUGCCUGUACAUAUUUAUCUCUUAAAACCAAUUAUUUUGAGCCAUUCAGGGUGAACUAGAACAGUGCAUGAAGGUAAGAAGAGGGUAAUCCCCCCCCCUGUAACCUGGUGUCCUCCAGGUGUUUCAUAUUACAAGUUCCAUCGUCACUGACAAUUGACCAGGCUGGCUGGGGUUGGUGGGAGUUGUGGUCGAAAACAUCUGAUGGGCAGAAGAUUGUGCAGUGCUGCCCUAAAGCAUUUCAGUCUGGCUAACCAGACAAGACUGACUCUGGCAACCUUUCUCAUACUUGGCCCCCCGUUUUCCUAAGCUGAAAUUGAAGGCAUUCUAUAGUGGUGAUUCGCAUAGAUUUGCCCAGAAAGUAAUCUCUUCUGAAGGCAGGUACCUCUACUGCAUUUCUGCAUUAUGGGUGUUAUUUGGAUCAUUCAGCCACUGUUAUUAAAUAAAUAUUACGCAGAGACCCAAGGGCAGUGUGUUUUACACAAGAGCAGCAGAGUGAUCAAAACUACACCUCCAGCGCAGAACCGCGGGCAAAUGACUUGCCUCUCACACAGGGUUGGUGGCAAGAAGACAUGGCCCACUGUCUCAAAGGAACACUUUUAACAACUUAUUUCUCUCAGCACACUUGUGAUUCUCUCACAGUCACAGUAGUUUGCUCUAACACAUAUUUUGGGAAUGACUGGUUGAUGUAUUCUUCAAGUUAAAACAGUAUAGGCACACUUUCAGAUUUGGAUUUAGCAUAUCGUAUGAAUGGAAGAAAGCUUAAAAUGUUGAACCUGUUAGAAAAUAGAAUCAUGUUGGUUUUUUCCCUCCCACACAACUCUCUUCAGCUUCCAUGUUGGCGGGAGGUGUUCUAUUGACAACGGGUUGGAUCCAAGCAUAGUUGUGCUUGAAGCAGAGCCAGUGGAAUCAGUGGGACUCAGCUGUGACUGAAGUUCCACUGACUUCAAUGAGUCUUUAGUCUAGAUCCAACUCGCAAGGUGCAUAUGGUCUUAAACUUGAGGUCACUGAUCAUUGUGGUUAUACCAAGUGUACUAAGUAGAAUAAAAAUGGGGUGAUUAGCUGUAGGCCCAUGUUCACAUUCUCAUCCCCACAACCUAUUUUCUUUCCUGGCUACUAUAUCUCCUUUCUUGCUUCCCUGUGUGUUCCCAUUUUGUAUUUGCACCCAUUUCCCCAGUUUUUUGACUCUGGAUUCUGAGCCACAGUGGUAAUGUGAGUACAGAAUCAAGAAGCGGCCCUUUGUGUCUGUGUGUAUUUUUCAGAAGCGAUGUUCCAAAGCAAGAAGGGGCCCGUGUCUAUCCCUUUUUGGGUUCCAGCAAGGUGCAUUGCUUUUUGGCAGCAGUAACCACCAUGGUGGAGGGAUAAUUUUACCUUUCUGCUUCGGGUAUGAAAAUACAUCAAGUCAGUCCUGCCUUUUUCUGCUGGAAAACCAUCCCAUAUCUCUGUUAACAAGGCAUUUAUUAGUAUAAUCUUGGUCAGAUGUCACACACACACACCCCGGUUACCCCAAAAAGCUUGUGAAAUCAUAGCAAGCAGUUAAACUUGUAGAGCAGCAAAAUCAGCUUUGUGAACUGGGUGACAAAUGGAACAUGCUUGUAUUCUCCAGCAAGACAUUUAGCUUUGCUUCCCUUGACUUUAAAUUAGUGCAUUGUGAUGGGGAAAUCUCCAGUGUCUGCUGCUAAAGGGCUCGCUUUAAUAUCUGCUAAAGAUAAAUGCAAUGAGACUGCACAGCCUUCAAGGCCAGACUGUUUCCUUCUGUGCACCUUUACAGAUGGAAGUUCCUAAUAAUAUGCCUCUCUAGAUGCUUCUGUUUUUACUUUACCUCAAAACACCUUGAUGCACAGCCAGAGUGAAUCAUUCCUGUGAUAAAGUGCCUCAUAUCUGGCUUACAGAAAUCACUUGGGAUGGGGCAAAUCUAUUGCUAAGAUUACUUCUAUUGUUGGCCUUUCUGUUGCUGCUGAUCAAGGAACGCACGCAUGAUACAUACUAAGAGAAGCUCCCCAGUUUCUGUUGAAUCUCAGAUUUUCCUCAUCUCGUGUAUAAAUUUAGUCCUGUCUUGCGGUGGUUCCAAUUAUAUAACCUACAAAAGUUAUAUAGCUUGAUUUUUGUGUGUUGCUGUUCCUGAAUUUAUCACGUAUUAAUCCAACUAACAUAAUGAUUUAUACAGAAUGUUUAUUUUUUCAAAAUAUGGUUAACUAUUUUUAAACGGUUGUUGCCUUGCAGUAGAUAAUAUAACAUAUAACCUCACCUAUAAAUGUUUUGGAUGUGUGUAUUUUACGUUAAUAAUGGGCAAUUGAUAUAUUUUGCACCUGGAGUAUAACAAUGCCAUUAUCUUGUGGAGUUCUUAAUACUUCUAUGUUAUAAAAGAAGUAAGGAUGCAGAAGCCAUGUGUUGUCCAUAACAGUUAUCCUGACUCUGGUGACAACUUGUUCAGUGCAUGUAAAUAACCCCAAUUUUAUUGCAGUAUUAAAUAUUUUUUUAAUAUGGUUUACAUUUAAAUUAAUGCUAUUUUAAAAACAUUUGGGGGGUGGGAUCCUGGUAUGCAAUAAAGCUAUUUUUAAAUUCUUGGUGCCUUGGUAUUUUACUCAGAGCAGAAUGGUUCUGUCACAGCCUUGCUUUUUUAUUGUCUGGAACAAAAGGUUAUGAACAAGUUUUGAUAUAUUGGCACUGUAAGACUAAUAAAAGUCCAAAAGAUUAUCAAAG